AUGGACUUGCAAACGGAGUUCGGAUCGGAACGUGUAUUCAAUACCCCGUUGACGGAACAAGGGAUUGUAGGGUUCGCUAUUGGAGCUGCAGCGCAAGGCAUGAAGCCUGUUGCCGAGAUCCAGUUCGCAGAUUAUAUUUUUCCUGCUUUUGACCAGAUUGUGAACGAAGCCGCAAAAUUCAGAUAUCGAGAGGGAGGUACAGGCGUAAAUGUGGGGGGAAUGGUGGUCAGAAUGCCCUGUGGUGCGGUCGGACACGGCGCCCUAUACCAUACACAAUCCCCCGAAGCGCUUUUCGCUCAUGUCCCCGGUGUCCAAGUGGUCAUGCCUCGGUCUCCUUCACAAGCAAAGGGCCUCCUCCUGAGCGCCAUCUUCCAGAGCAACAACCCUGUCAUCUUCAUGGAGCCCAAGAUUCUGUACCGCGCAGCUGUUGAGCACGUUCCAAAUGAAUUCUACACGAUACCUCUUAACAAAGCGGAAGUAGUCAAACCAGGAAGUGACGUGACGGUCGUCUCGUACGGUCAACCAAUGUACCUCUGCUCAGAAGCCAUCAGAGCUAUCGAAAAGGACAUGGGCGCCAGCGUUGAGCUCAUCGAUCUCCGAACAAUAUACCCUUGGGACCGACAAACUGUUCUGGACAGCGUGAAGAAGACCGGACGUGCUAUCGUGGUCCACGAGAGUAUGAUCAACUACGGCGUCGGUGCUGAAGUUGCUGCUACCAUCCAAGACGGCGCAUUCUUGCGCCUGGAGGCUCCAGUGAAGCGAGUGGCUGGCUGGAGCACCCACACCGGCCUUACAUUUGAGAAACUCAUCUUACCUGAUGUCGCGAGAAUUUAUGAUGCUAUCAAGCAGACACUGGAGUACUGA